AUGGAUGAAACAACCAAUCAGAAAGUAGAAUCAUUUACAAACAGACCACUUACUUCGUUAGUUAACAGUCGUUCACAGGACGAAGUGAAUAAAUCAUAUAAGAGUACGGUGAAUGAAUCAUACGCUAAUAAACAUCCUAACACAACUGCUACUACUACUACUAAUAAUAAUGAUCGUGGUUUAUUCGGUGGAUCAUUAGACAGUCGUCAACAUCAUCAUCAUCACCACACUAAUAUUGCUACUAAUCUAUCCUCUUCCUCUUCGUCGUCAUCUAGUGUAAAGGAUUUAAAAUUUAAUAAUAAUUCUGGUAAAUCAACUGUAACUACAAAUAUCAUUAGUAGUAAUAAUAGUGGUAAUAAUAGUCAAAAGCAUGGUUUAAUUAAAAAACUUUUACAUCGUGGAAAUUCAAGUAAUAGCAAUACUUCUUCUAGUG